GGAACAUUCAAUUGUUGGACUAGUAUAUUUAUAUAAGGCCAUGCCUUGCAUUUGAGGAUCUGAACUACUGUCCAGCUUUCACUUCUGACUCCGGAUUGGUUCUAGAGAGAUGGGUCUAAAGGUAUUCUGUUGGCUGAAUCGGAAGAUACAUUCUAAUGUUGAGUACUGCACCAUUGAUGAAAACAAAGCCGUGGAGAAGGAAGACUCUGUGCGUGGGUGUGUGACUGAGCAAGACACUGAAGCCCUGUUGCUCCGUGAUGUACUUCUUGACGGCAUACUUGCGAUUGGCACGCUUGGUUACAAUGUUAAUUCCCUUUAUACUGAGGCCUUCCCUGAACAAGAUGAGUUCGCCAUCGUGGAUAGGGAGGAAGUGGAGGAAGAGAAGCAUGAAGAGGAACAGAGUGGUGCCAUCGAAGACACAUUGGCUACAGCUACAAGCGAACCAGCACCUGCUGUUGAACUUGCUAGGAUGCACUCGUCGUUGAUGAUGAAAGAAUGCAACUUCACGUGUUCUGUUAAGGAAGGAAUACUGGUGCGUGAAGUUGAAGUGGAGGAUGUCACUGAGAUCCAGGAACGACCCCUUCUGAUGGUAGAGAAGGUAGAGAAAGUGAGAACUACACUUGCUGAUCUAUUUGCUGCAGAAUCACUCUCAUCAAGUGAUACUCCUGGGGAGAAGAAUUACCAGAAGGUCGUCGCUGUUGCUGGGGCAUUCACUUCAAGGCCUACAUCCUGCAUGGAAAAUAUGCAUCAAAACAAGCGAACAAAGCCAAAACCAAAGCGACUGGAUGCUACAAGAAAAUUAAGUCGAGUCAUGAGAAAGAUGUUGGGGAAGAAGAUCCACCCAGAUCAGCUCAAUGGAUGCAGCGAUGCAGAGGGUUCUCUGAUCACUGCAUGACGCCUAGGCUCGCGGACAAAUUUGAUUCUCUCUGGAUCCCUAUACAUGCUUCGGAUUCCUUUGCUUGAGAGAAAGAUCCAACAGCCUCCAUGCUUCUUGUCUGCUGGCCAGCGAUGAAGAUAAUAUGUAUGUUGAGUUGCAUGCCCCGUCAGAUGUACUCUACAGUUGGUGUAUCGAUCCUGCAAUAUGUUAUGUAGUCAAGGUGUCCUGCAACAUGUCCCCGUACUGUUUUGGCCAGUGUUGUAUCAUUUGCCGACUGUGUUUAAUAAUAAAACAAAACUUACGCUU